AUGGUAUCUUAUAUAAUCCAUGCAAGGUUUAGAAAUCAGUUAAUCAGAUCUAAAAGAGUUCAAAAGUUGCUUAAGAAGUUGAUUCCAGAUCAAGUUAAAAAAAUAUAUAAAAAAUUUAAGAAGAAUAUGGAUAUGCAAUCUGCUGAUGAACAAUUGGUAUACAUUCUCAAGUAUUUAAUUAAAUGGUUUCGAAAAAAUUUCAAACAUGAUUCAAAUGGGUUGAGGGUUUUAGGUUAUUCGUCUGAUCCUGGUAAAUUCCCUAAUAAUGCAAAGAAUAUCUCAAAUGAAUCCGAUUUAUUGGCAGUAAUUAAAAAGUUUCAACAUAAUCGAGAUACCGGGGCACAAAUAUUCACAGCAAUUUUGAGUGCUUUAGGUUUUGAAAGUCGUUUGGUCUUUUCCAUUCCCCUAUUGUCAAUUAAAAAUACCAAUACUCAACCAAAAUUGAACCAUGAAAUUUUAAAGGUAAAUAAAGACAAUGAUUUGUUAUAUCCUUAUUUUUGGACAGAAUUAAUCAACCCGUUGGAUCCGUCUGAAAUCAUAGUUAUGGAAACCCAAUGCUUUUAUGAAGAAGAUAAAAGGCUACUUAGAAUCAAACGUUAUGGUGGCACAUUAUCACAAAGCUUUACUGAUCAAUUUUACCCCAUACAAAAUCAACUUUGCCAAAUGUCAAUGCAUUAUGUGUUGAGUUUAAAUUCGGAGAACCUAAUAGUUGAUGUCAGCUCGAGAUAUAUGAAGGAUAUUUCUUAUAGAUGGUUUAAUAGAUUAGACUUGCGGACAGAUUUGGGGAAAUCUGCGUUAUUGCUUCAAUCUUUGUUGCGUAUUUUCAACAGAAUGAAAAACUAUACCACCGAUGACUAUAAAGAAUUAGACAGUCUAAUGCAAAUGGCAAUGAUUAAUUAUACGAUUCCUGAGACUUUUACUGCAAUGAAAAAUAGUCCUAAUUUCAUCACUCCAUCGACUCUUAGGUAUAACGAAGUUAUCAUGCCAGAUACUAAACCUGUUAAGCGAAUAAAAAUAAAUAACAAAAAGGAACCGGUUUAUUUCAAAAAUAGUUUACUUGUUGGGAAAUCUGAACAGCAGUGGAAGUUUCUUGGGCGUUCAAUUAAACCUGAUCAAGCCCCCAUAAAGCUCGCUAAGGCAACUCCUCGAACCAUAUAUAACAAACGAUUAUACAAUCAAAAUGAAAUUAAUGAUCCUAGUUUGAAUCAAGUGAAGUUAUACAGUUUUAGCCAAACAUGUCCCUAUAUUAAAUUGAAAGUUACUAAAACAACAGAUGGUAAGCUUAUUCUCCCGAGAAACAAGUAUGGUAACAUAGAAAUAUUCCGUGAAAAUAUGAUUCCAGAUGAUUGUGUAUGGUUAAAAUUAACAAACAUUGAAAAUAUACUAAAGAAUAAAGCUCAAUUUGUUCCUGUCGUUACCGGAUUUGCUUUCAAAGCUGGUCAAGCUAUACCUGUUAAACAAGGGGUAAUUGUUUUAAAACAAGACGAAAUUCCUAUAAAGAAAAUUUGGCUUGCUGGAAGAAUAAAAGAACACAAGGCACAACUUGCACAAAGACGUCUAAAACUUUUAUAUACUUGGAGGUUUAUUUAUAAACAUUUACAAAUUAAAAAACGUCUUGACGAUCAUUUAUAA